AUGGCACCCCGCUCUCAUCCCUCCCUGUCCGAUCCCGUUGUGUUCGCUCGACUCGCGUCGCAAAGAUAUGAAUUGCGCAAACGCAACUGGGCUUUUUUGCAGGCUCCGUCCAAGUCUAGUCCACACGUCCUCUUCGGUAACUCCUCCAAUGUGUGGGGCAUCCGCUACGUUGCUCCUGGUCAACUUCAGGCCGAGGUCAAGAUUGAAGACUCACCGGCUGCAUCCGCCAGCGACAAUGAUCCGGCACUCGUAGCUAUAGUCUCGCGCGUCGACGGUGACCCUGAACAAGCACCGGUGGCUCAAAUCCGGAUGCGAUACAAGACCUCCACUGUCCCGAUUCAUGUGGACGGAGUGUUAUUGAGAUUCGGACAAACCUACGCACUCUCGUCAAAUGCUACUGUUCGUAUCGAUGACAUGAACUAUAUAUUCAGGGUCUUGACGGAUCUCUCAAGCACCCCUUACCGCACGGAUCAGUAUGAGAUCAGCGAGAAACCUUUCCUUGUGAAACAACAGCUGAAAAUUGUCCAGGCAGCUGUAUCCCAUGCAGUUCACCUCAAGACUGGUCAUGCUGUGGUUGCCAAAACCACCACCGUACCGAAGGCGAAAUUGAGCCGCGUCGCAUCCCAUAUCAGGAUGCUCGAAGGGUUGAAUCACAAGAACGUCACGCCUCUGUAUGAUUUGUUCAUGGAGCCCGUGCAUGGCAAAGAGCCCAUGCGAGAAAUUUGUACGGUCACGCCUCUUGCAGCGUAUGGCAACCUUUACGACUUCCAACGCCUUGGCGAAACGCAAGCCCGUCACGUCGUAGCUCAGGUCAUGGAUGGAGUGAUGUAUCUUCAUGAUCAGGGUAUCGUCCAUGGAAAUCUAGUGCCACAGAAUAUCCUCGUGUACGAUGUGAGCCAGUGCGGCAUUCCCACGAUCAAGAUCAACGGAUUCAGCCUCGCGGAACAGUCUGGUGGAGAAGUCAACAGUGCACGUCGAUCAAUGGUCAUGAGUGCCAAAUGGGCCCCACCAGAGAUGAUAGAGCGUAAAUAUACGCAACUUGGCGAUACUUUCAGCGUGGGGGCUUUGAUGUUCUUCAUAAUCUGGGGCAAACCAUUGUUCGACAUCGAGGAUGACUCGGGAUCCGAGUCGGAUUGUGAAGAGACGGACUCCGAGGGAGCGGAUUCUGAAGAGGAGGAAAACAUGACCUUCGAAGAGCAGAUGCUCAUGAGGAAGUCCAACAUCACUAAGAAGCGGAAGAGCGUAAUGACCUUGGAAGCGUGCGACCUCCUCGACGGUCUGACGAAGGCUGCCAUGGACAAACGAACGAGCUUGCGAGAUGCCAGAUGCCAUGACUGGUUGGACGGACGACGAGUUCCAGCUCCUUUUUCGAAGCACUACCUUCACGACGAUCCUCUGGUCAAGACCUACAUCGAAUUUGGGUGGCAACAGCCCUCGCGUCCUUUCAGAGCCGGUAUCUUGAAUAGCUGCUAUUCGAACCAGGAUUUGCUAUCAGACACCAAAUCCAACGCAUCGUCCGACUCUGAAGACUACGGGCCACACCUAGGGGUCGAAUGGCGUCCGCACGUCCCUCCGGACUCGUGGAUCCUCACGGACGGCAGCGCUGAAUGGGAUGAUGGUAGCUCUCCGAUUGCUACCAUCUACGCUGUGCCUUUGUCUGGUGUCCCCAUGGAUGUUGCUCCGUCGCCCGUCUCGGAUGAUCUGGUCCUUGAAUCCGAUGAGGACGACGACGAUUCGAACACCGUGAUUGCAGACGACAGCGAUGAGAUGGACCUUUACCUCCCAGGAAAAGACGAAGAGGGCAGCGACGCCGGCCGUGCCUCGAUUCCUCGUCGCCCGUCUCGCAAAUCCGCGCACGUUCGCCGCAAUCCCAAAGCUAAGCGCUCCGAAUCGGUGACAGAUCGUCAAGUGCUCCUGCGAGCGUCGGCCAAGCGGACGUCGCUCAAGGCCAAGGCAGCCGAACUCAAGCACCUGCGGGCGGAGAUGCCGAACGUCUUGAACAUGAUGGUCAAUAUGCAGAACGCAGUUGACAAUCUGUGUGCGACUGCGAAUGGCAUUAUGGUGGCCCUGGACGCUCAGCAGGGCGCAUCGUCAGCCUACCGGCUACGCAAAGCCAAAUAA